AUGGCCCACUCAGAAAUCACACUCUACACCUCCGCCACCCCCAAUGGCUUCAAAAUCUCCAUCACCCUCGAAGAGCUAGGCCUAUCCUACAAGACACGACCCGUUGAUCUCCAGUCUAACGAACAAAAAGAAGAAUGGUUUCUUAAGUUCAACCCCAACCGCCGUCUCCCCGCAAUCACCGACGGAGAAACCCGAGUCUUUGAAAGCGGCGCCAUCAUGCUCUACCUAGUCGAGAAAUAUGAUACCAACAGGAAGAUCAGUUAUGCCCCCAACACCCCGGGGUAUUCGGAACAGCUCAGUUGGUUAAUGUGGCAGAUGGCGGGGCUGGGUCUAAUGCAGGGCCAAGCCCACCACUUUACUGGCUUCGCUCCGGUCCGUUCUGACUGGGGUAUCCAGCGCUAUGUCGAUGAAACAAAACGACUCUAUAUGGUUCUGAACACCCGGCUUGGGGAAUCGCCUUAUGUUGCGGGUGAGAAGUUCACUAUCGCGGAUAUUGCUAGUUUUUGCUGGGUGCGGGCAUCGCCGAAUAUUCUUGGGUUUGAUCUGGAUGAGUGGCCGGCGAUUCGGAAAUGGUAUGAUUUGAUUCUUGCGAGGGAGACUGUGCAGAGGGGGCUGAAGGUACCGGAGUCUAAGGUUACGGAGCAUCAGUUUGCGGUGUUUGUGGAGGGUAAGAGGAAGGAGAUGUUGGAGAGGAAGAAUACGGAUUUGAGGUAA